GAACGCCAGUGCCCUCGUCGCGGCGGUCUCCGAUGGCCUGGGGGCUAGCGGGGACUGACUGCGGUGCGCGGCCUGGCCCGCUAGUCAGGAGGGCGGGGGUGCCUUUCGGUAUCGCCUUCCAGUAGCCUCGCCGGCGCCGCCCGCAAGCCCGCAGGCCCAGCCCCGCGCAGAGUCCAGCGAAGUCCGCGGCGGGCGAGUCAGGGGCGCCUGUGGUCAGGGAGCCCGUGGGGCGUGGGGCGGGGACCACCCGGGGGCCUGAACCGGCCCAACUGCCGCCGUGCGGUCGGCUCCCCGGCACGGGAGCCCUCUAACACCGCCCGCCUACGCCCCCGCGCAGCCCGCCGGCCAUGCCCGCGGGCGUGUCCUGGGCCACCUACCUGAAAAUGUGCGCCGCCAGCCUCCUGAGCAUGUGCGCCGGCGCGGAGGUGGUGCACCGGUACUACCGGCCGGACCUGACAAUACCUGAAAUUCCACCAAAACCUGGAGAACUCAAAACAGAGCUUUUGGGACUGAAAAAGAGACAACACAAACCUCAAAUUUCUCAGCAAUAGAAACCUCAAAAUGCAACUCUGCCAAGGACUCCGUGAAUAAUAUUAUAAGUAUUAAAUGUCUAUUUGUAAAGUUUAUUGAGUCAGACUGGUUGUCUUUAAGCACCUAAUGCAAUGCUAACUGAAAGAGGAAGUGCCCAAGUGUUAACUGAUGCGUUGAGAUUUAAUUAUGGAUUGAUCAGUGUUUCUUGAAAGCUGCCAGAGUUUCUAUCAUCAGCUUUUUGAAUGUGGUUGAAUAAAUACUUAUGUUGAGUAUCAUGUGAGAAAGAGUAUUUGCAGUGUUUCCUGCCCUUGUAAUUCUGGUUUAUUUCUCGUAAUAAGCUAGACUAUCAUGGCAAAUGGGAGUUAUAAGUUAACUAUUAUAAAAGUGCCAUUGACAAUUAAAGCUUAGGAUAUGGAGUUAGUAUUUCUCUAAAACUGGAAAGUGCUAUUUGUACUAAACUGAAUUAAGUUGAAAUAUGUAAAGUUUGACGUUCUUUUGGAAUUGUGUACCUAACAAAAUUAUAACAAAUGUCCUUUGGACUGUCACAAAUUCUUUAUCCCCAAAUUUGAGAAACCAUGUUACCAUGUAAUAAUUAUUCCUAUAAAAUAUAUUUUAACAUAA